UCGACGCAGGGCUUACGGCUCGCGGUCCGUUUUCCGUUUAUGAACGUUUGCUCUGCUUUUGAGGGCGCUGGCAGGCAGCACCCGGUCGCCGCGGACACGCGUGCCUGUCCGGUCGGCCGGCUGUUCUCGACGGACUGGUGUUAGGACCCAGGAAGGACGCAGCAGCCAGGGGUAUAAAUAGAGAAGCAGAACGAAGUUUGAGGAGAGAGCCUGACAUCAUUCCCUCUCCACCCAGAGCUGGGGCCGGACGGGGCGUCAGCCUGAGUCAGAGCGGGAGCUGGGCAGCGGGGCGGGCGGGAGCCCGGGGACGACCUUCGGAGCCGUCCAGCUCCGCCCGCGUCAAGGUGAGGGACGAGGGUCCGAGGGUCCGACUGCCAGCCUGGCUGCAGACAGACAAAGACUCCGGAAAGGAAAGCAAACACGGACGGCCCCGCGGGGCUCUGUGAGCUGCGGCCAGUUGGGGACCGUCCUGGAAGGGCGCCGAUCGCUGAGAACGCUCAGGUUUGGGGACGAGGAGGAAAACACCCGCCGGCUCUCCAGGACGGCUGCGUUUCACACGCUAAAGAGAACCAGAUUUCUUGCUUUCCGGACCCUGUGAAAAUGUCCCUUUCCCAGGGAAGUGAAAGUUAGGGAGCACACGUUGUCACGGACGCUCAGGAAUUGCACUCGGAUCGCCUUUCAGCCUCCGAGAAGCCAUGAGGAAGCUGCUGUGUCUGUGCUGGGGGCACCCCUGGCUGCUGCUGUUUUAUUGCGAUUUUCAGGUGCGGGGAGUCUACUCCAGGUCAGUGGCCCAUCCAGGGUUUGAGGUCUUGGCUUCUGCUUCCCAUUAUUGGCCGCUGGAAACUGUGGACGGGAUCCACGAACUUCAAGACACGACUGGAGCGUUGCGAACCCACAACCUCACUGUGCUUCCUUCCCAUAAUUCUACCUUUGUUCGUACCAAUGACUCUGCCUACUCAAAUUUCUCUGCAACUGUAGACAUCAUGGAAGGAAAAGUCAGCAAGGGUGUUUACCUCAGAGAGGAGAAGGGAGUGACCCUUCUCUACUACGGCCAGUACAACACAUCCUGCAUCAGCAACCCGGCAAAGUGCGACCCCGACGGGGUCACGUUUUCUUUUUUCUGGAAGACGCACGGAGAGCAGUCCAGACCGAUCCCUUCUGCAUACGGGGGACAGGUCAUUUCUGAAGGGUUCAAGGUCUGCUCCAGCGGCGGCAAGGGCUCCGUGGAGCUGUACACGCGGGAGAACGCCAAGACGUGGGAGGCCACCUUCAGCCCGCCAGGUCCCUACUGGACUCAUGUCUUGUUUACAUGGAAAUCCAAGGAGGGUCUGAAAGUCUAUGUCAAUGGGACCCUGAGCACCUCCGACCCAAGCGGCAAAGUGUCUCAUGCCUACGGGGAGCCCAGCGUCAACCUCGUGAUCGGGUCUGAGCAGGACCAGACCAAGCGUUAUGAGGUCGGAGCUUUCGAUGAGUUCAUCGUCUGGGAACGGGCCCUGACCCCGGACGAGAUCGCGAUGUACUUCACAGCUGCCGUUGGAAAGCAUGCUUUGUUGUCUUCGACGCCACCAAGCUUCUUCAUGACACCCCCAGCCAACACUGUGCUGCCCGCCAACGCCUACCAUCCUAUCAUAACCAACUUGACGGAGAAGAGAAAGAACCUCCAGAGUCCAGGAACGGUACUGAGUUACCUGCGAAACGUGUCCCUCAACUUACCCAGUAAGCCCCUCUCCCAGGAAACAGCGCUGAACCUCACCAAGGCUUUCUUAAAAACCAUGGGAGAGGUUCUUCAACUGCCCAGUUGGAUUGAUGUGUCAGAGGACAGCGCCGUCGUGCUGGGCUUGAUAGAGACCGUCGACACCGUCAUGGGCCACAUCUCUUCCAACGUGCAAGCCAGCGACCCUCAGGUCACCAUCAUCGGCUCUUCCUCCAUGGCAGAGUUCUCUGUGGCCAAACUCCUACCCGAGGCCAUAAAUUCCUCCCACUACCGCUUCCCGGCUCAGGGGCAGAGCUACAUCGAGGUUCCCCACGAGGCUUUCCGCAGCCAAGCCUGGACCACCAUCGUGGGCCUUCUCUACCACACGAUGCACAAUUACCUGGACAACAUCUGGCCAGCCAAGACCAAGAUUGCUGAGGCAGCAAAUUACAAAACCCACCCGCUGUCUGCAGCCAGCUACCUGAUUUCCCUGGAGGUGUCCCCACCGCCGACGCUGUCCCAGAACUUGUCAGGAUCUCCUCUGGUCACGGUCCAGCUCAGGCACAGACUGUCCCGCCGGCAGCGCAGCGAGGCCACCAACAGCAGCAACCAGGUCUUCCUAUAUUGUGCCUUCCUGGACUUCAGCUCCGGAGAAGGGGUCUGGUCCAACCAGGGCUGCGUGCUCGCGGAAGGGAACCUCAGCUACUCCGUCUGCCGCUGCACUCACCUCACCAACUUCGCCAUCCUGAUGCAGGUGGUCCCGCUGGAGCUCACACAAGGACAGCAGGUGGCGCUCUCGUCCAUCUCUUACAUCGGCUGCUCCCUGUCCGUGGUCUGCCUGGUGCUCACGCUGGUCACCUUCGCCAUGCUCUCCUCAGUCAGCACCAUCCGGAACCAGCGCUACCAUAUCCAUGCCAACCUGUCCUUUGCUGUCCUCGUGGCCCAGAUCCUUCUGCUCAUCAGCUUCAGCUUCAAGCCUGGCACAGUCCCCUGCCAGGUGCUGGCCGUGCUCCUGCACUACUUCUUCCUGAGUGCCUUUGCCUGGAUGCUGGUGGAAGGGUUGCAUCUCUACAGCAUGGUGAUCAAGGUCUUUGGCUCAGAGGACAGCAAGCAUCUCUACUACUAUGGGAUAGGAUGGGGUUUUCCUCUCGUCAUUUGCAUCAUUUCCAUAUCGUUUGCCAUGAACAGUUAUGGAACAAAUAACAACUGCUGGCUCUCCAUCACGAGCGGCGCCGUCUGGGCCUUCGUGGCCCCUGCCCUGUCCAUCAUUGUGGUGAACGUCGGCAUCCUCGUCGCCGUGACCAGGGUCAUUUCACAGAUCAGCGCUGACAACUACAAGAUCCAUGGGGACCCUAGUGCCUUCAAGUUGACGGCGAAAGCUGUGGCCGUGCUGCUGCCCAUCCUGGGAACCUCCUGGGUCUUUGGCGUGCUCGCUGUCAACAGCCAGGCCGUGGUCUUCCAGUACAUGUUUGCGGUUCUCAACUCCCUGCAGGGGUUUUUCAUCUUCCUUUUCCAUUGUCUCCUGAAUUCAGAGGUGAGGGCCGCCUUCAAGCACAAAACCAAGGUCUGGACCCUGACGAGUAGCUCCAACCGCAACACUAACGCGAAGCCCUUCAGCUCUGACAUCAUGAACGGGACCCGGCCGGGCACAGUGUCCACCAGGCUCAGCCCCUGGGACAAGAGCAGCCAAUCUGCACACCGUGUGGACCUGUCUACCGUGUGAGCAGGGAGGCUGCAGCCGCCGUCCUGCUGCUCAGAACACACCCGCAGACGAACCACGAGAAGCCCUCUGCCUUCACCACGAGACCCUCUCCUUGCUGCUGUCUGGAUAUGGGGGUCGUGGCCCCCGGGACAGGCUUCCUUGCCUCCCACCCGCCCCGUGUGACAGAGCCCACCGCCGGGCCCGCAGCCCUCCCGGCUCUGGUCCGCCUGUGGCCGAGCGACUGUCCCCCAGGGCACCUGCUGUGGGUGCACAGGCCCCAGGGCCUGUCGCACCAGGAAGGGUGGGUUAGCCUGGGAGCCACGAUGGGGCCUCGGGACCAAAGGGGAGGGUCCCGCGGGGAGGCGGAAGCCCCCAGAGGGUCAGGCAGAGGCGGACGGGCCGUGUGGGGAGCGUGAGAAAUGUCCUCGACCUGCUGAAUCAGCCGCAACAAGCUCCGAGGAGCCAGCGCCAGCUGAGGGGGGCCCCUCACGCUCCGGCCGUGCCGCCCCUGCCAGGCCUCUGCGGGGCCGGGGCUUUGGGCUGGGGUCUCUGGCCGCUCAGGCCCGGCCGCGGGCGAAGAGCCAGGUGGGCCGCUGCUGGGAGUGCUCCGGUCCCUCUCAAGGUCGGCCUUGACGUGGGCCGCGCCGUGAGCACCUGAGCCUUCCCUGCACCCGCGGCCCCCGGGAGCUGGCUGCCGGCCUGCGGUUGGCUUCCCGCGGCCCAGCUUCCCGGAGCUGCUUCCUGGUCACUCACAGACACCUGUCUGUGUUUAACGGGCAGACGCGGUGGCGGGUGGUGCGGCGGGUUCCGCGUUGCUGCGACGGCAACCACACCUCGCCGCCCGCACGGCCACCCGAGCCACGGACCCGGGGACGGUGGCCUGACGGUGGCCGGGUCUUCCUGUUGAUGUUGCUUUGCAGACUGGGACUCGGGCCCGUAGGAGAUGGGAGCGACCCUUACCCCUCCACGCGCGGGCAGGGUCCUUGACCCUAGAUGUGAACCCAGACGCCACCGAAUAUUCGGAAACAGGCUGUGACCGCUGGCUGUGACCGUGGCGUCAGCACUAAGGGUCUGUGAGAUGUGUGGGUGAGAAGUUCAAACCCGUAGCCGAUACUGGAAAAUCUUCCUGUAAAGCUGUGACCGUGGUAGCAUUAAGCCCUUCCCGCCCCAUGCGCCCACUGGGUCUCGGAGUGAAUUUUCUCCAUGGUUCUGUGGACCUUCUCCAUCUUGGUCGGGUGCCUUCCUAAUGUAACGCACCCCCGUCACGGCGGGCGCAGCAGUCACCCACAGGCGUCUCCUGCGUGGGGAGGGGCUGGACACAGAGCCACGUGUCGACCGCAGGGGAUCUUUGUUCUUCCGUCCCAGUGAGGCCCCGGGCACAGCAGCGACUCGGCACAGGGUGACGAUGUCCGUUACCUUCUGUGCAGCCCCUGGGGACGGGCUGGGGUGUCGACCGCCACAGAGACCCCGUGUGUAGUGAGAAGUCCGAGCGUGCCCGGCCCCUGCCCAGGCUUCUCCUCAUGACUCCAGAAACCAGAUCGCUUGCAACUCACGGGCAUCCUUGUCAGGCCCGUGAGCCCCUAGAAGUGAGAACACUGUAUCCUGAGGUCUACACUUGGAUUUUUGUUUCUUUUGUUUCUGGUGAAGCAAAUCAAGUAAGGAACCGUCUUCACUUUAGAUGGAUUUCUUUUGUUUUAAACUCAGCAUAUUCGCUCUACAUAGCUAAUCUAUCAAGGGAAGUAAUGAACAAAUUUUUAUUUCUAAUGAAGGAAAGCAGUGCACUUUAUUUAUAGGCUAUAGGUUUCGGCUUCUGCGGUGCUUUAUUAUCUACACGUAAUUUGGCCAAAGAUAAGAAAUUGGAAAGGACAGCGUGUUUAGAGUAGUUUAUGGCACAGGAAAGACGAUGGAUGCCACUGAGGAGUGAAAAUAUGUUGUAAUUUUUAUGAAAUAAAAUCUUAAUGUCCUUAAGAUGAA